AUGGGAUUUGAGGAGCAGCUGGCGGUAUUUUCACCUGAUGGAAGAUUAAUACAGGUUGAGUAUGCGCAGCAGGCUAGUGAGCAUGGGUCUCUUGUUGUGUUUGGAGUGGAUUCCGAGAAAAUAUCUGUGAGCAUCGAGAGGAAAUCUGGAAACAAGCUAUUUCUAGAAGAGGAGAAAGUGUUCCUUCUUAAUGAGGCACAAUGCAUCUGGAUGAGCUACUCGGGGUUCAAGCCGGAUGCAUACCUCGUGAUGAAUGUAGCAAGGAUGAUGUGUCUUUCAUACAAGAUUUCUACUGGAGAAGACAUAGCCAUUGACCAAUUGGCAAGAAAGCUAAGCGAAUAUAAGCAGAGAUACACUGUUGUUUAUCAUCAAAGGCCAUUUGGGGUACGAACGGUAUUGUUUGGGCUUGAGCCUAGACCUGUUGCGUAUGUCAUUGAACCUGAUGGAAACUUUUCUGAGUUCUUUUGCGGAGCCAUUGGACAGAAGAGCCAAAGGGUGUGUGAAUAUCUAGAAAAGAAAGAGAAAGAAGACUUAGUUAAGCUCACCAUUCUUGGGCUUAUGGAGGUUGUGCAGUCCGACCCCCAAAAGAUAUCAUCUUUUGUGCUAAGCAAGAAAGGAUGUGAGAGAGUGGAAGACCCUACGAUCAUGGGUGUGAUCAACUCUGUAGUUCAAUAA